CCAGGGGAAUCUUCUAUAAGCCUACAAUGUAAAUAGACACCAAAAAAAGAGAGAAGAUAUCCAGUUUAAUUCUACGUUCUAACGUUAUGCAAGGUUACGUGCAGUGUGUUCAGGCGAAGUGUGCAAUGUGUUUGGGUCGUUUUUCGUCAGGAGAAAUUUCAGAGGGUGAUAAACAUGGCCUACCGAUUUUGUUAGAGACAAACACACUUGCCAAACAAGAUGGCGGGAUUAGACAUGGACUUAACGCCGUCAGGCGAUGCCAUCUACAUUACACUGCUUGAGGAGUUCCAACGCUGCCCACCUCAGUUCUUUACACCAAAUCCUAGCAGUACAGUCUUUCGACAUGACGUGGAGCAGGUCAACGUUUGUGAUCGAUCCAAGAGGUCCAAAUCAAUGUUUCCGGACUCCAUGGGAGGUGUUCUUGUCAUAUCGACCGAGGCGCAGUUACAGCAGCUUACGUCUCGUCUCUUGGAAAGGCCGAUUUUCUUCACGGUUGACAUUGAACGCACAGUAAACGAGAUGUGCUCUAAAGUUACCCGCGAGACUCGGGGCAGGUUGGCUGUGACUGUCAACACCAAACACCCUCAUGUCCACCAGCUGAUGAUGUCGUGGCUUGCUCAAGGUGCAGAUGCCUUGAGACGUGGACAAAAUUUUGCUGUUGAGUUUGACUUCGAUGGCAUCUUCAUUUCCUGGUUGAAAGAUGUCUAUCAGCGUGCCGACAUGGAGGUGUUUGAUUGCGGCUGGAACAUCAUGUACAGCUGCAAGAAUGGCAAAGUGACCGUCACAAACUACUCUGAGUUUGAUGACAUGUUUGCUUGCGAGCCUUCCCUGGCCAUAGCGUGCGUCAUAUGUCUCCCAUGCUGUCUAUUGGCGUUUCCCUGUUACAGAAUCCAUCGAGCCAUCAAGGUGGAGGACUUUGGUGGCAAGGUCAAUGGAAUCAAGGCCACCUACUGGAAUGCCAACGCACAACUACAGGGCAUGGAAAGCGUUAUCACUCAUGUCCUGGCACUGAUUGCUCAAGACAAUGCUGCCCAAGCUAGGACAGUGGAUAUGCCACCGUCGUAUGAUGCUGCGGUUGGAGAUCCUGUGGUUGGUGGGGGCCAACAACGAACAAGUCAUCUGGGAGGAAUCCAGCAACCAGUAGGCCAGCCUGUAGUGCAGCAGCCAGGGUAUGCCCAGCCCAUGGGCCAGCAAUCACUGAUCUUGAUCCUGAUCCGUGUAAAACGAACACAGCUGAAGUAA